AUAAAUGGAGUAUUUCUUCUUCCUUAAACGACAGAGCCGUGUAAUGAUGAAUUCCCAAAAGUGCAAGUGAGAUCUACAGGCAUCAAUGGAGGGGUAUGUGUGGGCAAUCGCUGCUGGACUAAACGCUGCUCUUGCAGCCAUCUCUGCCAAAUUCUUCACCUCCCAGCUCAUCAAAUAUGGUUGUGUCAUAUUAUUCAAUGUCACAAUGUGGGGAUGCUAUGUGAAUAGCCUUAAAGCCCUAUCAUCUCUACAAGCUACUGUGACAAACUUUGCAACCAACUUUUUAUCAUCUGGAUUGGCUGGAUUUUUGCUUUUCAGGGAGCCACUACCAGUCCAGUGGUUUGCAGGCGCUUCACUUAUUGUGCUUGGAGUUAUUGUUCUGAGCAAGUCGAGCAUAGAGAAGAAACCUCAUACAAGUUAGAUUAGAUAGCAGGCUUUCUGGAUUUAACUUCCGUUUCUGCAAUCAAUUUCUUGACUGUUUAGCUUUGAAGUUAUGAGCCAAAUUUCAGAUGCAGAUUUUAUUGGCCAUAUAUUGCGUUAGUGUGGCUAUGCUAAUAUUGAAGUUUUGCUGCUCCUGUAAUACUCAAUGUUUCUCCUUUAGUUAAGAGGGAUAAGAAUUUUCUACUUCUUAACCAUUGUCUCGGGUUCGAUGGAAAAAUUAUGAUAGAGAGCACUUCCCGUUUAA